UAAUUUUUCACAUCGAAAACGAGAUGGAUAAACAAGAUAUUAAAAAGAUGACCAAAAAAAAACUCAUCUUUGAGGUCAUUAAAGAGCGAAAACGUAACAAAGAAAAGGACAAAAUCAUCCAUGAUAGACUCGAGCCCAAAAAGCGUUUGCAUGAUCUGCGACUGCAGCUGGACAAGGAGAAGAAUAUAACGAAGGAGUUGCGACUGAAGCUAUCGGACCAGGACGCGAUUGCACAUCAAGCGCAGAACCUGUCUAUGAAACUACAGAAGAUCGCCAAAGAGAACAAGUGCUACAUCUGCAAAUUGAAGUAUGAGGUUACCGGAGGACAUCGCGCAGUUUCCAUUAAAUGCGGUCACCUUUUCGGAGAGAAGUGCAUCCUAGAUCACUUGAAGCGUAGCAAGGCAUGCCCCAUCUGCAAAUCACUGACUAGCUAUACGGAUGUUCGCUUUAUUAUAGCAGGCCAAAACUUGUGCACGGCUGAAUUAUUAAACUAAACAUUAUAUUUGCUGGGAAGUUGGACAAAAUAAAAACCGAAGCAAAAGAAAAAAGAGAAAAUAAUAUUUUAGUAGAUGUUUAUGGCACACAAACAUAAACCUUUGCAUAAUUAAACCCUCACAAUCAUUUUCUCAAUUUUCUUUCAAUUUCCCUAAUUCAAUAAAUAGAUCAUUUGAACAUUUUGCAAGAGUGUAGCUCAAGUGGAGUGAGCCCCUUAAUUCCUUAAUCAAUAAACCCCACUCCGCUAUAUACAUAAUAUGUUAUUGUUGUUGUGUGGGGGAACUAUUAUUAAUUUGUCAAAAACGACGCGCCAAUCAAUUAGGCUCAAUAAUCUGUCGCACAGUUGGCCAAAUAACAUUGAGAAAUUGGCUCACUUAAUGAAUAAGAGGGAAUUAGAAAAGUAGCAGCAAUAAGAAGGGGAAGUAAAAAUGAUCAAACCCACAGAACACCAAAAGAAUCACCUUAAAUAAUGUAAUGUAACAUUAAUGUAUCUUUGUAUUAAUAAUAUAUGUACAUAUUUUUGUGCAUUUGCUAAUUUAGAGCAAGGUCCUUAUCUGACUAAUUGAAUCAGGCUACAGUAACUAACUGGCUAAAUUAGCAAACUUGU